ACCAUCCUCGGACAGUGAGGCCGCUGAAUGCUCCUCCACCCUGACAGCUCCACCCGACGACCACCGCGCGGAGGAGGCAUCAUCCCGAUCCUGAACGCUGGCGAUUGUCCUGUCGGGGGAACAGCGCGAGAAGAUGGUCACGACCCAGCAGAAGCCAUGGAGAUAGAGGCCUGGCAGCAGUGACGAGUCUUCACAUUAACCUUGGUCCCCGAUUCCUGGCUCUGGCACAAACAUCUGGAGCUUUUGUGAAGUGACUGGCACUUCCCCCCCCCCAACCCGCCCCAACUCCAGUCACUACCACCCUGCAGCCCUUCAGUGUGGCCUCCACACACACCCCUCCUCACUACUACAGAAUUUUGUCCAGGGGAUAAAUGAGUGAACCGGCAGCAAGAAAAAGGGCGGGGACAUGUACCAGAACCCCAACAGAAUGUCCUGGUUCAGUGGUUUCCUAGUUGCCAGGGUGGACGACCGAAAGACUGCGUGGGGGGAGCGCAAUGGCAAGAAAUCCAAACGGAAGGGAGGCUCAUCUCUCUGCAACCCGCGUUACAUGAGCUGUCUGCGGGACCCGGAUGCUAUGGAACCCCCCUCCGGAGCCCCCCUCCACCAGCAUCACCGCGGAGGGGUGGCAGGGGCUGCGGGAGGCGGGGGCAACUUUGGCGUCCGCUGCGGCUGGCAAGAGGACCACUAUGGCAAAAGGGGCAUGCCUCACGGGGAAGGGGUGGGGUUGAAAUCGGUUAACUUGGGCUUUGAGGACGGGGAGCUGAAAGGAAGGAAAGCGGGGUGUAAUGGAGGAAGUGGCGACAUGGGUGACGAGGGCCCCAACGGCGCAGCAGGGGUGGUGACGGCUGCGGACUGCUGGCACAGGGUGGUGCAGGUGUUCCAGUCCAAGAAGUUCCAGUCCCGCAAACUGGAACGCUUAUACCAGCGAUACUUCUUCAGGCUGAACCAGAGCUCCCUCACCAUGCUCAUGGGGGUCCUUGUGAUCGUGUGCGGCAUCAUGCUGACCUUCCACUGUGUCCACGCCGCCCCUCACGUGGCCUACGCGUCGGCACUCUCCGUGGCGAUGGCCCUCUUCAUGGCUCUCAUGGUGGUUUGUAACCGCAACGGCUUCCACCAGGACUACAUGUGGAUGGUCAGUUACCUGGUGAUCGGCGUUUUGGUGUCGGUGCAGGUGUUUGGGGUGCUCAUGGUGGCACCCAGGAGUGCUUCUGAGGGCAUAUGGUGGUCAGUGUUCUUCAUCUACAUCAUCUACACGCUGCUGCCGGUGAGGAUGAGGGCGGCGGUGCUGAGUGGAGCGGUUCUGUCCAUCAUCCACGUGGUCACGACAUGGCAGAUUAACCAGGAAGACGAGUUCCUCUGGAAACAGGUGAGUGCUAACGUUCUGAUCUUCCUCUGCACCAACAUCAUUGGAAUCUGCACCCACUACCCUGCUGAGGUUUCCCAGAGACAAGCCUUUCAGGAGACCAGAGGAUACAUCCAGGCCAGACUGCAUCUGCAGAGGGAGAACCAGCAGCAGGAACGUCUGUUGCUGUCAGUGUUGCCAAGGCAUGUUGCCAUGGAGAUGAAGGCUGACAUCAAUGCCAAGAAGGAAGACAUGAUGUUUCAUAAGAUCUAUAUCCAGAAACACGACAAUGUCAGUAUUCUGUUUGCAGACAUCGAGGGUUUCACCAGCCUGGCCUCUCAGUGCACAGCUCAGGAGCUGGUCAUGACGCUCAAUGAACUCUUUGCCCGUUUUGAUAAGCUGGCAUCGGAGAACCACUGUCUUCGUAUUAAAAUCCUGGGCGAUUGUUACUAUUGUGUGUCCGGACUGCCUGAACCGCGGGCUGACCACGCCCACUGCUGUGUAGAGAUGGGCGUGGACAUGAUCGAGGCCAUCUCGUUGGUGCGUGAGGUCACGGGCGUCAACGUAAACAUGCGCGUCGGCAUUCACAGCGGACGCGUGCACUGCGGCGUCCUGGGACUCAGGAAGUGGCAGUUUGACGUGUGGUCAAACGAUGUCACGCUGGCCAAUCACAUGGAAGCAGGCGGCAAAGCAGGGAGGAUCCACAUCACUAAGGCCACACUGCAGUAUCUUAACGGAGACUAUGAGGUGGAGCCCGGCUUUGGUGGCGAGAGGAAUGCAUAUCUGAAGGAGAACAGCAUCGAGACCUUUCUGGUCCUUGGAUGCAGUCAGAAAAGGAAGGAGGAGAAGGCGAUGAUGGCAAAGAUACAGCGGACGAGAGCCAACUCUAACGAGGGGCUGCUGCCACGCUGGGUCCCAGACAGGACCUUCUCCAGGACCAAAGAAUCUAAAGUCUUCAGACAAAUGGGGAUCGAUGAGACGUCCAGUAAAGACAACCGUGGUGUUCAGGAGGCCAUGAACCCAGAGGACGAGGUGGAUGAAUUUCUCGGGCGAGCCAUUGACGCCCGCAGCAUUGACCAGCUAAGGAAAGACCACGUGAAGAAGUUCCUGCUCACCUUCCAGACUUCCAGCCUGGAGAAAAAGUAUUCUAAGAAAGUGGAUGAUCGUUUUGGAGGCUAUGUUGCUUGUACCCUUCUCGUAUUCUGCUUCAUAUCCUUCAUACAGAUCGUCAUUUUUCCACACACCCCGGUCAUGCUGGGAAUCUACAUCAGUAUUUUCUUCAUCCUCGCCAACAUCCUCUUCAUCUGUGCCAUAUACUCCUGCAUUAAGCUCUUUCCAGGUGCGAUGCAGACUGUUUCCAAGAAGAUUGUCCAGUCUCGCACCAACAGCACCCUUGUUGGUGUUUUUACCAUCCUCCUCGUCUUCAUCUCUGCCUUUGUUAAUAUGUUUGCUUGUGACACUACAAGCUUGGCGACGUGCGUUGCAGAGAAGCUGAACACGUCUGCGGCGCUGGUGACGCCGUGUCUCAUCCGCAGCUUGAAUGUGUCAGUGGACGGGGGUCUCGAGAGUUGUCCCAGCCAGGGUCCGUCCUGCCCCUUUCCUGAGUAUUUCAGCUACAGUGUGCUGCUGACGCUGCUGGCCUGCUCAGUGUUCCUGCAGAUCAGCAGCAUAGGGAAGCUGGCCCUCAUGCUGCUCAUCCAGCUCAUCUUCCUGCUGCUGGUGGAGUGGCCACAAGUAGCACUUUUCGACAACGCGGACCUCUUUGUCACCUCCAAUGCCAUUGAUUUAAAUGAAACUAGUGCUCAAUGGUCCAGUUUCAAUGAAACUACAAACCAGUGCCCAUUUGUUGUGACCAAAGUGUCCCUGAGGGUCAUGACUCCAGUUAUCCUCACAGUCUUUGUCCUGGCACUGUACUUGCACGCGCAGCAGGUCGAAUCCACUGCACGCCUCGACUUCCUGUGGAAAUUACAGGCCACAGAGGAGAAAGAAGAUAUGGAGGAGCUGCAAGCGUACAAUCGUCGCCUUCUCCACAACAUUCUGCCUAAAGACGUAGCCGCCCACUUCCUGGCACGUGAGCGGCGCAAUGACGAGCUGUACUACCAGUCCUGUGAGUGCGUGGCGGUCAUGUUUGCCUCCAUCAGCAAUUUCUCAGAGUUCUACGUGGAGCUGGAGGCCAACAACGAGGGAGUGGAGUGUCUGCGGCUGCUCAAUGAGAUCAUUGCCGACUUUGAUGAGAUCAUCAGUGAAGAGAAGUACAGGCAGCUGGAGAAGAUCAAGACAAUUGGCUCCACCUACAUGGCGGCCUCGGGUCUCAACGACUCCACCUACGAUAAGGAAGGCCGUAGCCAUAUUACAGCACUGGCCGACUACGCCAUGAGACUAAGAGAACAGAUGAAAUACAUCAACGAGCAUUCUUUCAACAACUUCCAGAUGAAGAUAGGGCUCAACAUUGGACCUGUGGUAGCAGGGGUUAUUGGGGCACGGAAGCCUCAGUAUGACAUCUGGGGAAACACAGUCAAUGUGGCGAGUCGUAUGGACAGCACAGGUGUACCUGACUGCAUACAGGUGACCACAGACCUCCACCAGGUGCUUUCAAACAAAGGAUAUGUGCUGGAGUGUCGCGGCGUUGUUAAAGUCAAAGGUAAAGGGGAAAUGACGACCUACUUCCUGAAUGAUGGACCGCCCAACAGUUAGCAGCCAUGGCAGCAGCAGCGGCAGCAGCAGCAGCAGCAGCAGAUGCUGGGAGGAUCCCCACUGCAUGGACACUGCACCACUGAGUGAGGACUCACCGUGUGAGGCAAUGGCUACAAAGCAGAGAUGCCAUCACUUGAAUCCCAAGCAAAGAGGAAAGGAAAAACUUUCGAGACUCCAAAACAGAAAGUGUUUCUUGAUGAGAGGAAAAUGUUCUCGGGUUGCGGCGGCCAUUUUGGGCUCACGUAGUACACAUGUUGAAGGACAAGUGUUUUUCCUCACGUCUAGCCUCUCUCUCAGGCUUUUUGAAAGAUGCAAAGUCUGUUUAUUUAAAAACAACGCCUUUUAGCCUGUGUCAAAAGAAGAUUACCGCUGUACAUAAGGCUACUUUUUAUUAUUUACUUUGUGUUUUGUUUAUUUCUGUCAUUAUUUUGUUUCUUCCACAUGAAUUAUGAACAGGUACUCAUGUAUCGUUUCUGAAUUAUUAAUAAUUUAUUUUCGAUCUCAGUGUUUUUGUGCAAAGAAAAAAGGUCCUUUUAUGAAGAAGUGUGAACACGUACUGCACAAAUAUCCAGUUUAUUACACGUUUAAGAGGUGUGUAUGUACAUGCAUAUUUGUGUGUGUAUGAAUAUAUAUGUAUAAACUGAAGGAGGAAUAUAUCGACCAAAGACUAAAGUAUUUACUAAAAGCAAGGCAAGACAUGUUUUAAAUGUUCUCGCUAACGUCAGCAAUGACCACCGCCUCUGUUCUUUUAGACAGCAGGCCCGAACCUUUUGAUUUUUUUUUUUUAUUCUUUUUUUUUUGCCAGUCUGCGACGGCUGCUUCAUUAGUUUCAUAAAAUAUGUACAAUUACUUUGUUUUGUCUGUCGAUUAGGCAUCAAAAAGCAAAACGAUUCAAACGGAAACUAUAUAUAUCUAUAUAUAUAGAUAUAUAUAUUGCCCACAAUCUCUAGGAAAAGAUGAGCAAGGAUGUUUUUGGAAAGCGAUAUAUAUGAAAUGUAUAUUUUUUAUCGCCAUUUUGAGAGUAGAAGUGGCUCCGGCGAGAAUUCAUGAUCACUUCCUGUCAGAUUAGUUCCUCUUCGAGCUCGAGCAGCCCGUGCACGGCGAGUUUCAGCCAUAACAGUAUGUCGUCAACAACAACAGCUCCUUCCCUUUCAGAGAUGUAUUUUUUUGGUCCGAAUGGAAAUGAAGGAACUCGGGUCAUAGAGUUGUUCCAGAGCCAUCGGGGGGUUUGGGAUGAAUGGAUGAAUGGGUGUGGGAGGUUGGAUCAGGGGGUUGGAUUUCAGCGCAGUAGUCCCACACAGCCCGAUUCUUCUAUGAAGAAGAAGAAAGAGAUGAAGGGAAAAACAAAAAAAUAUCUAAACAAAUAUUGAUUUUGACUGAAUUACUGUGCUUUGUAAUCCUGGAUGGGGCAUAACUAUUUUCACUGUGAGGUUUUUAUGAUACAACAAAACUUGCUUUCUUGCCAAAUCAUAACCGCUUUGAAGCAUGUCUGAUUGUGGUAUCUCGUUUUUUUUUUCAACUUUUGUUUUAAUGUGAGGUAUUUUUGUAUCACUUCUGUAUCCCAUCAUUUGUAUAUUCUUAAUAUUAUUAUUAUUAUGAUGAUUCUGAUUAUAAUUAUUAUGCUUAUUCUGAUGAUUUCAUUCCAACGAUAAGGAUCAAAGACCAGCACGCUUUCUCUGUAAAAAAUGCCAGUUAAGAAGCUCAUGCUUACUGGUAGCAACUGAUCAACUGCAGCCAACAAACUCUGCCGUUCACUCCUAUGAAACGUACAAUACAGUAUUUCAGCUGGCGGCAGGCGUGAUCAUGUAUAGUAAGUAAUAACCAGUAGCUGCCUUUGCAGCCGAAACCGGAGUGUAUGUACGCAGACACACACAUAUAAUAUACAGAUGAUUCACUGUGCUUUUUUUUAAAAAACAUUUAUUUAUGCCACAACUGCAGUAUUGUAAAUCUCAGUCAGACGUAAAGGUGACCUCUCCUUCCACACGUGAAGUUUCCCCUGGUUUGACACGGAGUGAGCAGGACAGGCAGAGUGAGUGGGAUUGACAUGCAUUUAUUCAUUACUCACUCAGUUUUGAUUUGCCUUAAGUUAAUAAAACAACAACAUCCUAGAAUAAUACUAAAACAGGAAAGUGUGCCUGCUCGCUCUGUCUGGACUGCUGAUGUUUGGACUGGGAGGACAAAAAAGAAA